CUUCUCACUACAACCGCUAACACCACCGACACCUCAACAACACCGCUACAACCACCGCAGUCACGGCAGCUGCCCAUGCCUCCACCUGCUCCGGGAUAGAUACCGUCCUGUUCUACAUCCGUCCGUGAACCCAACCACCCAUCAGCAGCAGUCGUGGAGCUCGCAGCCUGGUGAAGAUGCUGGAAAACGGCAGGAAGGUGUUCAAAGAGGGUCUGCUGGAGAAGAGGAGCGAUGGUCUGCUGCAGCUGUGGAAGAAGAAGCGCUGCGUCCUGACGGAGGACGGCGUGCUGCUGCUGCCGCCCAAACAGCACGACCCUCCGCAGCACCAGCACCAGCACCACGGGGACAGAGCCAAGGAGCUGCACUUCGCCAACAUGAAGACCGUGGACUGCGUGGAGCGGAAGGGAAAGUACGUGUACUUCACGGUGGUCAUGACGGAGGGGAAGGAGAUCGACUUCAGGUGCCCACAGGACGAGGGUUGGAACGCGGAGAUCACCCUGCAGAUGGUCCAGUACAAGAACCGGCAGGCCAUCCUGGCUGUGAAGUCCACCCGGCAGAAGCAGCAGCUGUUGGUCGUGCAGAUGCCCGGACAGAAGACGCUCCGCAGCGCGCCGAACGUGGCGUGACCUGCGGCGGACGAUGGUGCGCCAUCAGCGGUUAAUUGGACACACAGCCGGAGGACGAAUAUCGAGCCAGACUGCACCUCCUCUUGCUCCUUGCUCCUGGAUCCCCCUCUUCCAUACCAGCGCCCCCUCGCUCCCUUCUCAGUACAGAGACUUCUUUCACAAAGACUGAUGGACUAAAAGCAUGUGAGAAAACAUCUGUAUUCUUCAGUGCGAUGGGUUUAUUUAUUACAUGUGUAUAUAUAUUUUCUAUAUCAAAUGUUAACUUGUUGGUGAAUGUUCAGUGUGGUUGUUGCUAGAGUGGAUAAAGAAAAAUGUGACGGUUACUAACCUUCAAAAGUCCAGAGAAAUUGCGAUCAUAUAGUUAUUUACGGAAGAUUUAUUGUCAUUUAACCACAGUUAAAUGUUUCAACAUUCAUAUUUUCGUUUCUCAACUGAACCAAAGAACCAUUUCCAGACCUUUCUCUCUCUCUCGUGCAGUUUCACUCACUACAAUACACUGACACAAAUACAGUGAGCUACUGACAUGUUGAUUUAUUAACAGCUACAACUCAUGUUCCGAUGUGUGCAUCAGUAUUUUACAUCAUUUUAUCUAAUAAUGAUUGUUUUAAGCUUUAUCUUCUUUUGAGUCUUAAAUUUGAGUUUUUUCAUUACCUUAAGUUUUAUUUCAGCUGUUAUCUGCUGAAUAGCUCAUCCAUGCAAGCAACUUUUAGGACAUUUAACUCAUAUCGUCACUUAUUGUUAGGUGGCACCCUCUAUUGGCCACAGUUAUAACAAUGGUAACAAAACAAUACAAGAAAGUCCAAGACUUUCAACCAUAAAAUUGACAAUUCUGCUACCAUAACAUGUUUACUCCCUUUCAUUAUCCUAACAUAACAUACAUACCCAAUUUAACUUACUUUUUUUUUUUUUUAACCCUUCUCACACAUUUUUGUCAAACACUGCAACAUAGGUCACAUUUUUCAUGCUCCAUUCACCAGUUUGCUCUCAUUUUUGUAUGUCUUGUUUUGACAGUGAUGAUCUGGAAGUGACAGGCAAUCAAUAUGCAGUUGCAGGGGUCCAGCUACUCUAAUGACAGCUUAACUGAUUCCAUUAAUAGCUUGGUUUGCACAGAAUCAGCAGUGCUGGCACCACCGGCCUUUGAUCCUCCUUGUAGCCACGUAAUUACUGCAUAAAGGCUUGAUUUACAUUUCAGAGUGCACACUGACAAGUCAGGGCUUUUAGACUUCCAGCAUUAUUUCUAUAUCUCACAUGUGGAGAAUCUAGAAAAUCAAAAGCUUGCCUAUUUUUACCCCGAGCUGUUGGCGUCUCUUGGCAAAAAUAGGCACUAGAGUGUUACCUUGUUUUAGCAGACAUUGACAUUUUCAGCAUUAUGCACAGACAAGAUAAAGACAGUGUGGUAACUCUUCUAGUCUGUGCUUUUCAAAGUCCAGUUUGGUAUUUGUUUUGAGGUGAUGGUGCAAGCUUGUGCUCACGUGCCACAGCUGUCAUACAGCAAACAUGCACCCAGUCUGAAAUUGUCAUAACCUGACACAACCUUUGCUCCAUUUUCUAGAUCAUUAUACCAGCCAACCAUGCUUAAUGAUGCUAUCUAAAUACAUGCUGUUUUAUACUUAGGUUAAAGAACAUUUUAGCAGCAAGACAAUAGCCACUAAUUUGAGCUUCAGUGGCUAUGAGUGGACGGAGGCUAUGUUACACCUGAGACAGAGUAUUUUUACAGACCUAAAGUGACAAGAAAUAUGAACAGUGAGCUUAAAAGACUAGUAAUUCUAGUGAGCAAAUCCCAAACAUUGAUAAGAGCAAUCCAUCAAGGCACUUUGCCCCAAUAAUGCCAGUCAUGCCUCUUUCUGGGUAAAAACAAACAGCCAAAAAGAAUGGAAGUGAAUGGGAAAAGUUGGGAUUUAAAAACUUAAAUUACAAAAACCGUACAGUUUAAUGGUUUUUAAAAGUCUGAAUACAAAAAAAUAACUUUAUAGGUGGCCAGAGAUGUCAUAUACAGGUAACACAUACCUCGUGUGUGUUUAAACCAAGUUACAUGAGUUGGAUCUUAACUUUUAAAUGAAGGAUUGACAAUAUUAUCGGCAGAUAUUUUCAUAUUAGCCAAUUAAUGCCAAUUACCAUUAAUGUUUUUUUCUAUAAAAAUCUUCCUUAAAAGUCAUAUUGAUAUUGGUAUCAGCUAAAACAAUUUUGUAAAUAUUGACAUCAGCAAAAAUCCAAUAUUGUGCAUCGGUUUUAAAUGCUAUUAUUGUGUUACUGAAUGUGUGACGACUGUUCACAGGCAGGCAGACCACAGCUCUUGUCACUGAGUGAUCGCUGGCUUAAAGCCUUCAGAAACACAACACACAUUUGACCACUUUACUGCUCUCUAGUUUCAGCUCAAAGCAACAGAUCUCUUCUUUAACACUCCUUUAUUUAUUAUGAUUUUAAAAUAGUUCGAAGAACAAAAUGUAAUGCAAUAGCUUUGCAUUGCUAAAGCUGUUUUCCAAUCCACUGCCACUCAGUAUUGACGCUUGUUUCCACCCAAAUGAGAGCGUGGUUGCUCUGGUCUGGCUGCAGACCGAUGUUCUCAGAUGCCACCUCCUGCAGACCACCACUGUGAGACACCACUUCUGUCAGAGACAUUAUUUGCACUGCUGUACAAAGUAUUUGCCAGUGUAGAAGUAGUUAUCAUGACUAGAUUAAGCUACAUUAGCUUUGGACAAGCUUUUUUUUUUCAAAUUGUACCAGCUAUAUUAAAUGUUUUGUAUUUAGGUUUGCAGGUCAGGUUAGCUCUUAACCCACCCUUCCAUUACCCUAAUUCUUACCUAACCUAACCUUAGGCCUUACCCUAACCCCAACCAGAAGUGUAAUCUGCUUUUAUUUUGACAGUUUUUUUCAUGCAUUUCUGGUGUUCUGCAGAGGCAGGGGUCUGAGAGUUGUGGUCUGCAGCCAGACGGCCUUGCAGAAAGCAAGAAGUGACUUUGGACUGCUCUUGUCAGUCGAGUCUUUUGGUUGUUGUUUCAAAUGAUCAAGAAAUUCAGUAUGUAUUGCUGGAAACCAACAUUUUAAUCUGUAGAUAGUGAUAUAAAUGAGAAGUGAAGUAAAAUGUAUGGAUUCAUAUCCACUUAGGGCCUCCAUAUUUAGGGUUGCUUUUGAAUUGAGCCACCACAGACUUAUCAACCAGCUAACUUGUGCAACAACCAAUCAGGUUAUUUCGGUCUUUGCUGCAGCUCUGUCAUUGGUAAAUUGUCAGGAAACUGCUCAUUUAACUCUGCAAGGGAGGUAAAUUAUUUGUAGAAAGCAGAGACUAAAGUGUACAAUUGCUGUGAAACAUGCUAAGGUUGAAAAAUUGUCUCAGUGUUGUUUUCAUGAUGGAGAACGCCUCGCUUUCUGAACACAUUUCAUUUACCAAAGCUUCAUGUUGUCUGGAAGUGUUUCCCACUGUUCUCCCCUUCUCGCCCGUGUAUCACAGCCAACCAACACAUGCCUCGGUGCUGUUGUCAUCUCCCAUUCGGGGUAAUAGCUGUGCCCUUUAUCUAAUGCGACUGGUGUGAUGCUUCUCUGACAUGCCUGCCUGCUGCCAUCAUUACACUCACAGUUAUAGCUCUGCCCUUGUCUGAUUUCUUAUUUCAACGUGAGAUCUAUUUUCAUACCUGGAAAAGAUACAUUCCAUUA